AACACUGAGAUGAGGUAGUAAUUCUAGACAAUACCUCGUUAUAAAUAAAACUUUUCAUUUUUAUGUUUCAGUUAUUGUUUGAUUUACUUACACUUUAAUAUUCUAUUCAAAGAUUAUGUGGACUUAUUGAUGUGGUAAUUUAACUAUAAAUUCAAGAGUAUUUUGCUCAAGAUAUAAGAAAUAGGAGCUUUAUAUUAAAAAAAAUAAAAUGAGAUACCGAUUAAAGUAUCGAGGUAUCAAAGAAUUCCUGUAUCACAGGAUUCCCAUAACGAUUUGGCUUCCUCAAUAUUCGUGGAUUAAAUUUCUGCAAGAUACUCUUGCAGGAAUAACAGUUGGUCUUACUGUUGUACCGCAAGGAAUCGCCUACGCUGUUGUUGCUGGAUUACCACCACAUCAUGGAUUAUAUAGUAGCUUUAUGGGAUGUUUUGUAUACUUAAUUUUUGGUAGUACAAGUUAUGUAACAGUAGGUCCAACAGCAAUAAUGGGUUUGCUCACACGGAUUUUUGUUUUAAAGUAUGGUGAUGAUUUUGCAGUAUUACUAACAUUUUUUACCGGAUGCUUGAUAACUACGAUGGGUCUAUUACACCUUGGUUUUUUAGUGAAUUUUAUAAGUAUGCCUGUAAUUUGCGGCUUUACCAAUGCUGCGGCUAUUAUAAUAGGAACAUCUCAGAUUAACGACUUGUUAGGCAUAAGUGGACAUAAUGAAUCCUUUAUUAAGACUAUCAAGACAUUUGUUAAAAAUUUUAAUGAAAUUCGACUUUAUGAUGCUUUGUUGGGAACUUUCUCGAUUAUAAUUCUUAUAGUUUUAAAAAAUUUUCCAGGAAAUAGACUUGGUAAUUGUUUACAAAAAUGUAUGUGGCUUCUAUGCUUAGCGCAAAAUGCAAUCGUUGUAAUAAUCGGUAUGUUUCUGACGUACUGCCUUUCAUUAUACGGAUUUAAGCCGUUUAAAUUUAUAGGGAUGGUAAAAGAAGGUUUGCCUAUACUUGCAUUACCACCAAUUUUUACCAGAUAUUACAAUGAUACAUAUAAUUUGCUAGAUAUAAUCAAUAUACUCGGAAGUAGUAUUAUAUCUGCACCGUUGAUUGCUUUUCUUGAAAGCAUUGUCAUUGCUAAAGCAUUUGCAAAAGGUAAAACAGUUGAUGCAAAUCAAGAGAUGAUAGCUGUUGGUCUAUGCAAUUUGUUUAGUAGUUUUGUACGCUCCAUGCCUAUUGCAGGAAGUUUUACUCGUUCAGCCAUAAACAAUAUAUCAGGUGUUCAAACUCCAAUGGGUGGGCUUAUAACUGGAUGUUUUGUACUUUUUGUAUGCAGUUUUCUAACUAAAGCCUUUAAUUUUAUUCCUAAAGCUACUUUAGCUUCUGUUAUAAUUGUUGCAAUGUACUAUAUGCUUGAAAUAAGGAUUCUUCGAUUACUUUGGCAAAAUAAGAAAUUUGAUCUAUUAGUGCUAUUAGCGACUUUACUAAGCUGCUUGUCAUUUGGUUUAGAAAUCGGCAUGAUCAUUGGUAUUAUAACAAAUAUACUGAUGAUUUUAUAUGAUACAGCGCGACCUGCGCUCAUAAUUGAAGAGCGUAGUGUGGAUGAUAAAAUGAUUCUUUUUGUUUCACCACAGCAAUCUCUUACUUUUCCUUCAGCCGAGUACAUAAAACAACGUGUUAUGACCUGGUCAGAUUUGAAAAAGGAUAUAAACAUAAUAAUUAUUGAUGGAAGAAAUGUUAACAAUAUUGAUUCUACAGUUGCUAAGAGUUUCUCGUCUUUAUUUACAGAUUUAAAAUUACGCAAACAAAAGCUCAUAUUUUGGAAUUGGCAUGAGAAUAUAUGUAAAAUACUAACAGCUUUUAAUAUAAUAGAAGAAAGUCAUUUUAAAACAUCCAGUAAU